GCAUGGUGCAUGGUGUUAUGGAAAGCUGCCACAAGGGAAACAGCUCUACAAUUAUUAUAGAAGCCAACAAAAUACAAAGUGAAGGAAAUACCAGCAGUGAGAAGAAUGCCAAGCAGUAUUUAGGACUAAUAGAUAAAAUAAGAAUCAAACUAUCGCAAUAAAAUAUAUGAACAUACAUGACAUGGACACCACAGAUCACUUAACUCUAUUAGGUAGUAGGUGAUCUGUGAUGGACACAGAAUAGGAAACAAUUAUUUCCUAUUCUGUGACAUGGAAUGCAAUUUUUGAUAUUUCGACAGACAACACACAACACAAUCUAUCUCGAAAAAUUGCCUUAAAAGGUCAUCUUUCAUUUCAUGUUCUAAGAUUUUAAAUGAUCAAUCAUCUGAAUACUGUCAAAUUUGGUAAACAUUUCAAAAAAAGAUGUAUUUUUAAAUAAAAUAAUAGAAAUAAGAUUAAAACAACAUAGGAAGAAGUCAAUUCAUAGAGUUUAAUGAUGAAUAACUUAUGUAGAACUUGUCUCAGCACAACCAACCUUUUUCCAUUGAAAAAUGAUGAUACACUUAUAACAAAAAUUGAAGUCAUUUCAUCAAUCAAUAUAUCACUAGAUAGUCCGAAUCAUCCUGCAGUUAUAUGUGCAGCCUGCAUAGAAAAAGUCAAUAAAUUUUAUUGUUUUCGAAAAAUAAUCAUCAAUAGUGACGUUGAACUUAAAGAAAAAUGUGAAGCAAUAACAAAUUCACAAAAUAAAAUUAGUACAAAAAGGACACGAAACAGUGGUAAACCAAGAAAGAGAGUAUUAAAAAGGAAAAAAGUAACAAAUAAAGUUGAAAAUGGAGAUGAAAUCAAAGCAGAACCAGCUGCUGAAGAAGAUAGUGUCUUAGAGAGGUUAUACAUUCACGAAGAUGACAAUGCUGAUCAUGAGCAAACAUUUAAAGAAGAAUUAGAAGCACCUGAUGUCAAUUUCAAUUGCAAGGAGUGUUCAUUAACAUUUGACACUAAAAUAGAGUUAUAUAAACAUAAUAAAAUAUAUCAUAGACAUAAGAAACCAAAACCAUUAAACUGUGUUGAAUGUAAUUUAACAUUUUCCUCCCAAAAUGAACUAGCAAAUCAUAGACGAAAUGUGCAUACAGCUCCUGGAAUUUGUAACAUAUGUGGUGUUGUUCUUAGAGCGGACAACUUGAAGAAACAUGUUCAAAGACAUUCAGAAGAACCCGUUACAUGCAAAAUUUGUAUGAAAGUGUUAAAGAAUUCAGAAUCUUUAAGAGGUCACUUAUUAAUUCACAAAGGUACUUCAUUUGAAUGUGACAAGUGUGAUAAGACAUUCAGACUGAAAUCUGAAUAUCACAGGCAUUUGAAAAAGCAUGCAGAUCCGAAUGUUCGUAAAAAGAUGUGUACUGUAUGUGGAAAAUACGUAAGGGAUCUUCAGAGGCAUCUUUUAACUCAUACAGGUGAACGACCUUUUAUGUGUCCACAUUGCAAUAAAGGUUUAACGACCACUUAUGCUCUUAAACUACAUAUUCGGCAGCAUACCAAUGAAAAACCUUUUAUCUGUGAAUACUGUAGUAAAGGAUUCGCCCAAAAAAUUUCGCUUUUGACACAUCUUAAAUCUAAAGCUCACAGUUAAUGUCUAGUACAAAAAAUGUAAAUCUUUCAAAUUAAAUAAAUAUAUGUAAAACAAU